AUGGCGCACACUCGGACCCGGAGACUCUCUCCGAUUUCCGUUUCCGUUAGGAAAUAAGUUCUUAAACUGGCGGGUCGUAUCCGUUCACGGCCUCGCGUCCGCAGAGAGAUCCGCAGAAGAAAUGCAGAGGUUGAACACGACGAACGAGAGUCUGGCACGUAAGGCGCAGCGCAUCGGGGAAUGACGUAGCGGCGAGGAAGAGGCCGUGAAGACCCGUCGAAGGUGGACGUCGAGACUGGAAAUCGCUCGUACCGAGACAUAAAUAUCUGCAAAGAUGUCGAAACGAUCUGCAGAUUCCGGGGACACCAGUUCCCAACCAGCUAUCAAAAAGGUGCAAUUUGAGCCAAUUCUGAUAGGCCCCAUAUCUACUCUCGAAGAGAUGGAUAUGAAGGUUUUGCAGUUUCAGAAUAAGAAACUUGCACAGAGAUUGGAUCAAAGACAUCGAAUGGAAGCUGAAUUGAGGCAACGUAUUGAACAAUUAGAAAAACGUCAAAUGCAAGAUGAUGCAGUACUUAAUGUAGUAAAUCGAUAUUGGAAUCAGCUUAAUGAGGAUAUACGAAUAUUACUGCAGAGAUUUGAUGCCGAGACUGCUGAUGAAUCUGAAAACAAAAAUGAAAGUGAAGCUACAACAUCGUUUCUUCUGCAACUAUCUUCCUGGGAUAAAGAAGAGUUAGAUGAGAAGCUAGCAAAUCGUGUACAAGUGUCGAAGCGAGCGGUAUCUAAAGUUGUACAGGCAUUUGAUCGCAUGUCUCAAAGAAAUGAAAAGAUUACUCUUGCGCUUAAAGGGCAGUUUGACGGUGAAGAUGCGCCAAAUAUUGACGAAGUCGUACGUCACGCUAAUGCCCAACUUCAAAUGGAAAAUAGAAAUCUAGAAGUGAUAAAUCUACAAUUACAUGAAAGACACCACACUCACACAUUAAAGGUGUCACAACUGCAAGACGCUCUAAUGGGAAAAGAUACUCUUGUGGCAGAAUUGCGGAAUCAAGUGGACGACUUGCAAUAUGAAUUAAACAAAGUGCGAGCGAGGAACGAUAAAUUAGAACAUCAUCUUGGCGAAGCAAUUGAAAAGUUGAAAGCAUUUCAACAAAUACACGGCACAGACGACAAGGGCAGCAACAAACCGAAUACUUUGGUUGCUUCCAGUGUUUCACAGACUAAAGUGGAAGACUUACAAAGAGAACUUGAAGAGACGCGUGAAUUAGCUAAUAACAGACUACAGGAAUUGGAUAAAUUACAUCAACAACAUCGUGACACCUUGAAAGAAGUAGAGAAGCUGAAAAUGGAUAUAAGACAGCUUCCGGAAUCGGUAAUUGUCGAAACAACCGAGUACAAAUGUUUGCAAUCACAAUUUUCUGUGUUAUAUAAUGAAUCUAUGCAAUUAAAAACACAAUUAGACGAUGCCCGUCAACAAUUGCAGUCAAGCAAAAAUGCACAUUUGCGCCACAUCGAGAUGAUGGAGAGCGAAGAGUUGAUGGCUCAAAAGAAAUUGCGCGGAGAAUGUAUACAACUCGAAGAUGUCUUAGCGCAAUUACGCAAGGAGUACGAAAUGCUUCGCAUUGAGUUUGAACAGAAUCUAGCGGCUAAUGAGCAAACAGGUCCAAUCAAUCGAGAAAUGCGGCAUCUAAUUACCUCUCUUCAGAAUCAUAAUCAACAGCAAGGGGAAGUGCACCGUUACAAGCGAAAGUACAAGGAAGCUUCUACUGAAAUACCUCGAUUAAAAAGGGAAGUAGAGGAAUUGACAGCAAAAUUAGGUCAGCAAACAGCUCAAGAAAAUAAGGAAGGGAAUAAUUCAGAUGGCAGUGGAAAAGAGGAAGAUGCAUCAAAUUCCUUACCAGGUUCUACACAGAUCAAAGAAGAAAGUGGAGUUACUAUAAAAAGAGAAUCCGGUGCUGACGAAGAGGUAGAAACUAUCGAAGUGGGAGAGAAUGAGGGUAACAAAGGGACACCAGAUUCUCUGACAUUAACUUCGCCGAUUAAAAAGGAAAAAGAUAUUAAACGCGAGAAAGAUAUCAAAAAAGAAUCUGUAAAAACUGAGCAUCGUGAUCCCGCACAUCGCACCAAAGACGGAAAGAUAGCGGAAUCAGAGAUUGUAAGGGAUUUGAAGGCACAACUCAAGAAGGCUGUGAAUGAAAUGAAAGAAAUGAAACUUCUCUUAGAUAUGUACAAAGGUGUUGGAAAGGAGCAACGAGAUAAAGUUCAGUUAAUGGCUGCAGAACGUAAGACAAGAGCAGAGUUAGAGGAUUUACGACAGCAAGUUAAAAAAAUUCAAGAAAGUAAACGCGAGGAACGUAAAAAGUUAGCCGAUGAAGAUGCGCAAAUAAAAAUUAAAAAAUUAGAAGAACAAGCGUACAACUUGCAACGUCAAGUUGCUGGUCAAAAACAGGAGGAGGAAGCGCUUCUAAACGAGAUGGAAGUGACCGGACAAGCGUUCGAGGACAUGCAGGAACAGAAUUCCAGACUGAUACAACAGUUACGCGAGAAAGAUGAUGCGAACUUCAAGCUUAUGACGGAGAGGAUAAAGAGUAAUCAACUGCACAAACUCGCAAGAGAGGAGAAGGAUGUGUUGAAGGAACAAGUAUCAACACUGACGACGCAAGUGGAAGCGGCCAACGUUGUCGUGCGGAAGUUAGAAGAAAAGGAACGUCUCUUACAAAACUCUCUCGCCACGGUGGAGAAGGAAUUGGCUCUGAGACAGCAGGCGAUGGAAAUGCACAAGCGGAAAGCAAUAGAGAGCGCACAAUCGGCUGCCGAUCUGAAACUUCAUCUUGAAAAGUAUCAUUCCCAAAUGAAGGAGGCGCAACAAGUAGUUGCUGAGAAAACAAGUUCUUUGGAAGCUGAAGCAUACAAAACUAAAAGAUUACAGGAAGAGAUAGCACAACUUAGACGCAAAGUCGAGCGUAUGAAGAAGAUAGAACUCGCCGAAACCUUGGACGAAGUGAUGGCGGAAGAGUUGCGGGAGUAUAAGGAAACAUUGACCUGUCCAUCUUGCAAGGUGAAACGCAAAGACGCCGUACUCACCAAGUGCUUCCACGUAUUUUGUUGGGAUUGCUUGCGAACACGUUACGAGACACGACAGCGAAAAUGUCCGAAAUGCAACUGCGCCUUCGGCGCGAAUGACUACCAUCGAUUGUACCUGUCUACAUGAAGAAGAAGGUGCUGAUUCUCUGAAAAAAAAGAUUUUCAUCACCGCGACGUGGAGUAAUGUUUUGUAAUGUGUACGUACGCAUACUUUUGCUUCUUUUUUAUACUAUAUUAUAUUGUAAUCUUUUAUUUAUUACUCUGACUUUUUUGAAGAAAACACGGCGCGAUUACACCUCUAAAUACGUCGAUACAUGAUGAUAAAAAUCAAGAAGUUUACUAAGUUCUUAUAAGACCACUGCGAAAAAAAGAAUACAUAAAUCAUAAAAUUUAAACGAAUAACAAUCGAGAAUUCUUGAGAAUAAUCGAUUUGCUUUAUCGCUUAAUUUGUGUUAUUUGUUUUUAAUGUAUUGUUUUUUAACGCAUUUGUAGUCUUUAUAUUGUCGACUGACAUAGGAUGAACUCUACUUGGUGUAUUACAAAUUGCUAUAAAUCAUUUCAUUGAUCAAUCUAGAUAAAAAAUCUUUGCUUUUUUUACUCUUAAAUUGAUAAAUCAAAUAUUUUAGUGAUUUGUAAUGCCAAAUGGGGAGUGCAUUCAUAAAAAUAAAAAUAGAAAAAGGAUAGAGUAAAAAUGUGUCUGUAUAUGUAUGCGUGUAUGAAUGUAAGAAAGAAAGAAACAAUUAGCUUGCAUUUUUAGUCGGUCAGCUUAAAUAUAUAAGUUGGGAAGCUUUUAAUUUUAUAAGUCGAUAUUAUAAUAUAAAGAAUGAUUUAUACUCUCUAUUUAUCGUUUUGAUCUCGUUUUUCAAGUAAACCCCGCACGAAGUUCAAAAUCAAUGAUUCCCAAAGUGAUUACUGUUUCCUGUCUCGAAGAAUGUCUUUUUUAUAGGUAUAAAAUAGAGCACCCUUAAACUAUGAAACUUAUGGAAUUGGUGAAAAAAUUUGGGAAUCACCGAUCUAUAUAUAUAUAUAUAUAUAUAUAUAUAUAUAAAUCAACAAUCGUGUUUGGCCGAAACAAUUGUAUCGAUUGAAUCUGAUUGAUCGAUUGAUUUGUUAUACGUCAAUCAGAUUCAAUUGCUAUUCAAAGUUGAAUCUACUGAACGCGAGUAAUUGUUCGACCUAUACUUGUACAUUCUGAAGGAUAGAGAUCGUAUCUUUAUCAUCGUACCAUAAAAUCGCUUCUAUGUAUGUAUUUUCAAUUUUUGAAUUGAAAGCGUGAAUUGAGAAGUCUCGAAAAAAUGAUUGAAUCCAUUUUUUAUUACAAUUCGGAAUCAAUUGGCAAUUUGUAUGAUAAUCAUUACUUGAUGAAUAUUUUUUAAUCGGUAUGGUUUACACAAAGUUUGUUUUAUCUAUUGCUCAUAAUAUACGAGACAGGCAAACUGAUAUAUAAACAGUGAUGACUUGGACAUUAUUACUCGAUAUUAUACAAUAGUAAAAGGAAUUUUGUUGCUAAUCGUGGAUACUUUAAUGGUUUUCAUCGAGAAUUGCUUAUUGGAAUUGAACCUAAAAUGAAAUUAGUAAAAUAAAAUAUAAGAUAUCUUAAA